UAUGGUGUGUUAACGGUUAUGAUUAUUAUGGUCGUCAACAACAUACUAACAUUACUAACCUACGUAUCGCCAUAUAUUAUCUAUGUUUACGACAAGCAAAUUCGUCAUAUCAAAUAAUUGAAAAACCAUUUAAGUACGUGAUAAAAAUAAAAAGUGAAAGUUGUCAUGAUUAAGCACUUUUACUGAUUGAAUGCGUUGUAAAGAAAAUUGAGAUAUUUAGGUAUAUAUAUUAAGUGUAAUUUUUUAAACAUAAAUACAUUGUGUUACUGUGAAAAUUAAUAGUGAUUAGUGUUCCAACGUUUCAAACAAUAAGGUUUCAAAGAAGAUAUUAACAAGAAUGAGUUUAAAACAUUUAGCAGCAGGAUCAAAACCAGUUCCUACAAUAGAGGGAAAGCUUAGACUUUAUUCCAUGAAAUUUUGUCCAUAUGCUCAGCGAGCAAGAUUGGUAUUGCUGGCAAAAAAUAUUAGUCAUGAUAUUGUAAAUAUAAAUCUUAUGAAUAAACCUGAAUGGUACUUUAAAAUUCAUCCAGAAGGAAAAGUUCCUGCUUUGGAUACAGGAUCUAAAGUUAUUGUUGAAAGUCUUGUUAUUGCUGACUUUCUAGAUAAUGAAUAUCCCAAUAUACCAUUAUAUCCAGCUGAGCCAGCAGCGCAAGAGAAAGAGAAGCAAUUAAUUAAACAAAUAGAACCUAUUACAGCUCAGUUUCACAAGCUUAUGGUUGAUACAUCAGGAAACCCUGCAGCAUUACUAAAGGAAUUGGCCUCCUUGCUUGAUAUUUUUGAGCAGGAAUUAGACAAGCGUGGGACAUUAUUUUUCUUUGGAAGCAGACCUGGAAUGCUAGAUUAUAUGUUGUGGCCAUGGGCCGAAAGAUCAGCAGCUGUAAAAAUUGCUCAUGGAAAUGAAUGUUCUUUAGAAAAGGACAAGUUUCCAAAGCUACGUGCUUGGAAAUCUGCUAUGUUAGAUGACCCUGCGGUUAAAGCAACCUAUAAUGAGCCAGAAAAAUUCUGGAAACUAGUUCAGGCUAAAGUUAAAAAUGAACCGUUGGACUACGAUUCUAUUUAAAUAUUUUACACUUAUCAGCUUACAUUCCCCUAUUGUUUAAUUCUAACUUAAUUGAAAAAGUUAAAAUAUUUACUUGUAAUUUUAAAUUAAUAGCUGCAGUAUUUGAAAAAGUAUUAAUCUUUUUCAUACAUGUAUAUUGAGCAUACAUAUGUAUAUGUUAGAUUUAUUAAUAUAUUAUACGACAAUAAUUUUUUAUUCAGUAGUAAUAUUUAUGAAGUAUUGAUAUAUUCUAAUUUAAUAUUUAUCUAGUGAUAUAAGUUACUUAACCGAAUUUAAAAUUAUUCUAUUUGGAUUUCUAGUAUUUCUGAUAUUGUGGCAUGCGUUUAGUCAUUAAUAAAUUACAAAAAUUAGGAACAGUAGAUUUUUAUCGAGCGGUUUUUCUAUCCUUUAUUGUUUGAAUACUCGCUUUCUUUAUCAGUCUUAUGUUUGUUUUAAAAAAGUAACAAUUUUCCUAAAGACAAACAACCCCUUCAUACAUUGCGCCGUUUCUGUUAUAGCUAUGAUGUUUAUACUGUUUAAAAGCAAAAGAGCAGAAAUGCUAAGUGACUUCUCAAUGAAAUUGCUGCGAAUUUUAUAAUAAUAAGUAGUUAUGUUUUGCAAUAUUAUUUUAAAAUACAUGGCAACUUGGAGUUAUAGUUCUGAAACUCUCCGUAAUAUGUUUGUCGAUUGCGCCAGCAGGCUUUUAUGAUCAGCACCACGGUGAUUAAUUGUUCUUCAGUAGACUUUUGUUUAUGUCGCGCGGAGGUUAUAUGAAAAUUAAACGAUUAUGCACCAAAGUCAAAAAUAUCGGCUUGCAUAAUUUAAAGAAUACUUAAAAGUGUACCACUAUUUUGUUGUAUUUUUUUUUUUAAGGAUUUUAUGCGGUGAGCUUUUUAGUUUUAAUUUUUAUUGUUAAUCGACAAAAAGCUUCUUAAUUUAUGUGCAAAUCAUUUUUCUUUACAAAUGAAUCUGUUUAUUUUAUAGCAAGUAACUUCUAAAUUAUUUAAAGAAAGGGACCGUUGAACAAAUUCGUUGAUUGCAAGAAUUUGUAUGUAUUUUUAUUUUCGUUUAAUGUGUGCACAACUAACUGUAAUUCUAAUAGCUUAAUUGAUAAUUCCUUCUACAAAUUUCAUCAAAAUGAUAAUUGUAGUGCAUUCUAUGCAGGAAAGUGUUUAUAUUUUCAAUUUUCGGAUUUAAAAAAAAUAAUACAGGCGUAACUGUUUACUGCUAUUUUUCGCAUUUGAACGGUAUAUAAGACAGGCCCAUUAGUCACUCAAGCGGUAAUACGGUCGCAGAUCGUAGGUUGACUGCCUAGACGCUGAGUGAGGGUACCUAUAGCAAAGCGUUAUUAGGUGGAAUAGGCCAAACGGGCGACUGUAAGUCCGGCGGUGUAU